GAAUUGAUUCGCCACAUAAAUCAAUGCUUAGUUUUACAUUAGUGUUGAGAUGUUGUUUUCAUUUAUUGAUCAAAGCUAUUUUCAGUUGAGGCGGGAGUUUUUUUUGUAUUUUUGUAACUGUAUUUUCAGUUACAGUUAUAUUUCAGUAAGAAACAGCUUUUUUUGUUUGUUUGUUUGUUUCUGAUAAGUUGUUGGUAUUUCUUUUUCGUCAAAGCUCUUGCUUCAACUGGAAAAGAAUGUGACUGUGAUAGUAUUAAUGGAAGAUAAACUUCAGCGAAUUAAGAAAGUUGCAUCAGAUGAAGACUUAUUUAAGCAUUUUUAUAUGCAACUGUAAUACUAUUAUGAGCACAUUAUUUACACUUUACGCCUUUAUGCCUGACUCAGGCUCACUCUGCUGCCCCCAGCCUCACACUAAAUUAUUCACUGAGAGCAUGUGAGCCCAUAUUGUAUCCUAUAAUGUGGAAUAUCUUGUGUCUCAAGUGGAACCAACCUCACAUAAAUUAUGCAUUUUGCAUAAUGUAUGUUCUAUUAAUUUAGUGGUUUUCUGAUAAUUUAUUUUGUGUUAUUUUUUUGUUUUUGGUUUAUUUUCAUUUAAUAAUGGCUGAUUGCACCUUAAUUUAAUUGUAAUUUGUAUGACGAGUCGUGUUUGUUGACAGCAGUGCCUCUAUUCUAUUCUAUUCUAUUCUAUUCUAUUCUAUUCUAUUCUAUUCUAUUCUAUUCUAUUCUAUUCUAUUCUAUUCUAUUCUAUUCUAUUCUAUUCUACUGGCAGUAAUCUAUUCAAUGAAUGACCUCAAAUAAGUCAUAGCUUGUAAAAAAAUAAGUGGAAAAAAAGAAAGAAAAUAAUUCACAUACUGUGAGUUAUGCACUACGGAAUUUUUAAAGAGUAUUAUUUUGAAAGACUAAACCGGAAAUGAUCCUGCACAUCUUCAGUGGCUUUGUGCAGAUGGUGGGAACACCGACACCUCAGCAUUCAGGCGCUCUCAGUCCGACUCACUCCACUGUCCGGGUCAGCUACAGGGGCGAGAAUUCAUUUAGAAACGCAAGUCUUUAUAAACAGAGCAACAAAACUAGAAAUAAUAUAUAUAUAUAUAUAUAAAUAAAAUAAGAAGGUGGACUUUAUCUAAUUGGAUCAGAGACUAUUUGUUUCAUCACAAGACUUUUUUUUCUUUCUUUCCUUCUCUCUGUCUUUCAUUCUUUCUCUUACUUCUCGUUCUUGUUCGACUGGGUGGAUGCGCUCUGGCUCUGUGGACGCUGCCUCCUGUGAUGGACCGGCCCGGGAGCUGAACGGUGGGCUUGGUGGGGCCGCCAGGUGCGCACAAGGAGGUCUAAACCCAAAGGCCGUGGGGUGAAAUAGGGCCGAGCCUGCCUCAUGUGGGAUUCCUCUCUCUUCUGGUCCCCACCAACCCCCAUCUUCCCAGCAUCGGUGGGAUGUCCCAGGUGUGUCUCCUCUUGGCCUUGCUUACGCUCUCCAGCUGCACUAAGGUGUCCUUUGCUAACUCUCUGGAGCUUGUGAAGGAGAAGUGGAGCAACUACAAGGACAAUUGCACAAGCCUGAUCAAUUCCACGCCCCCUGCCACAGGGUUGGUGUGUAACAGAAGCUUUGAUUUGUAUGCCUGCUGGCCUGAUGGACGUCCAGGUACUACUGUGAAUGUCUCCUGCCCAACGUUCCUGCCAUGGCAUCGAAAAGUUUGGCAGGGUUUGGUCUACAGGAUCUGCAACGAAGACGGCAAAUGGGGACCAAAGAACACCAGCGAGUGUGAGGACGAUCCCGGCGAGUCAGGUUUGCAGCAGCAGUAUGGCCGCAUCCUCAGCAAGCUGCGCAUCAUGUACACAGUGGGAUACUCUCUGUCACUCGGAGCGCUGCUCCUGGCCCUGGCCAUUCUCAUCAGCUUCAGGAAGCUUCACUGCAUGAGGAACAACAUCCACAUGAACCUGUUUGCUUCGUUCAUCCUGAGAGCGGUUUCGAUUCUGAUCAAAGACGCUCUGCUCAGCCUGAUGCUGGACCCAAAGAGUGGCAGCGAUGCCCAGACACAGGCCUGGGUCAACAUACCAGCCGUGAUGUGGUGCCGAGGCGCCAUGGUGAUGAUGCAGUACAGCGUGAUCGCCAACAACUACUGGCUGCUGGUGGAAGGCAUCUACCUGCACAGCCUCCUCGUCAUCACUGUUUUCAGCGAGAAGAAAUACUUCUACAUUUACUUGGCCAUCGGCUGGGGUGCACCUCUCAUAUUUGUGUUGCCGUGGAUCACAGUGAAAUAUCUGUAUGAGAACAUAGAGUGCUGGGAGAGGAAUAUUAACAUGGGGUAUUGGUGGAUAAUCCGUUCUCCCAUUUUGUUUGCUUAUCUGAUUAACUUCUUCAUCUUCAUCCGAAUAAUUAAAAUCCUGAUGUCUAAACUUAGAGCUCAUCAGAUGAGAUACACUGACUACAAAUUCAGGCUGGCCAAAUCCACGCUGACUCUCAUCCCGCUGCUCGGCAUUCACGCCAUCCUCUUCACCUUCGUCAUUGAUGAGUCUGUCCCGAAGGGCUCCAUGCUUCGCCUCAUUCGCCUCUUCUGUGACCUCCUGUUCAACUCCUUCCAGGGCCUGCUGGUCGCCAUACUGUAUUGCUUCGUCAAUAAAGAGGUUCAGUCCGAGAUGCUGAAGAAGUGGAAGAGGUGGAAGCUGGGGAAGGACAUCAACGAGGAAUACCGCCACACCCACAGCCAGACGCCGCACGUCAAGAGCGGCAGCAUCGCCACCGGGAACCUGACCGACCUUCAGGACAACAACGCCAGCGACCCAAGCAAUGACUCGCCGCGUGCCAACAAGGCCAACUGCCACUCGUCCCGCUCGGCUGCGCCCGAGGAAAACCGCAGGCUGGUGGUCUCCUACAGCAACGGGACAGGCAAAGCCAAAUCCGCCAAAAAUAGACAAGCCCUGCAGUUCACCUUCCCACCUCAGAGAGGCGCCACCAGCAGGGGCAGCAGCACGACAGAGGGCAUCAGUCUAGAGGAUCGGGUGCAGCACCGCUCGUACCCACAGGAGGGAGACGAAACUAGUGUCUGAAGACGACAUUUUGUUUUGGUUUUUAGCACAAAACUCUCAGCUUUCUAAAGAUUGUGCACCGAUGGCAACCUAAAGGGAAAAAAAUAUGCAAAAAAACCAAAAAACACUGCAUUUAGAUCAAAAAAUAAGCUUACCAUGUUUAAUGUAAUAUUUAUUGCUUUGGAAAGACGGUAAGAAUGAUGUAACGAUUUGAAGUGAGUGUGACUGCGCAGCAUGUUUUUACUGUAAAUGCAGACAUUUUGGACGACCGCAUUUCCAACAUCAAACCUUCACUGCUGCUGUCAUCAUAAGGACUGAUGGGGUUAGGCCGCAGUGUUUCUCAAUUCUGGUUCUCACGCCCCCCCUGCCCUGCAUGUUUUAGGUGUUUCCCUUCUGCCACACACCUGGAUUGAAUAUGUGGGUGAUUAACAGGCUUCUGCAGCACUUGAUGGUCAUGCAAUCAUUUGAAUCAGCUGCUCUGGAGUAGAGGAACAUCUAAAACAUGCAGAGCAGGGGGGCGUGAGGACUGGAAUGGAGAAGCGCUGCAUUAGGGGUUUGUUUGCAGCGGCGGGCGCUUGCUUAUGGUACAGGAUGGCUUUAAGAGCGCAGCAAGCAUGGCUCUUAUUUUCUCAGAUGUUAUGAGAACAGCCAGACUGAGGGAUUCAUGCGAAACAAAUGAAUUGUUGCACUUAAUGCCGGUAGUGCAACAAUUAAAAAUGGGGGCUUUCAUUUUCCAAAAGACUGUGAUUGUGUUGAAAUGACUGUGAUCUAAAAUAAUUUAUGCCAAAAAAAAACAAAAAAAAAAAAACAGUUCUAUAAAAGUAAUUAACAUUUUUGCAUCAGUUGGGUUCUGCAUUGACAAUUUUUCAAGCUUUAUAAGUUUUUUUUUUAUACAAAUGGCAACAUUCUAUCCAUUUUUACAAACAUUUCUGCUCUAAAUGAAAAAAAAGUAAAUUUAAAGUAUUUUGUUGUCGCUUGACUAUAAUUGGAUCUUCAUGUAGUCCAUAUAGUGCUCGUGUUAAAUUUAUGAAUUUCUGUGUGAAAGAUUCACUAUCACUGCUAAAAAUAGAAGAAAAAAAAAAGUUUUUCCUUUCUGAAAAUGUAUUUGGUGUAUCUUAUUAAAGUGAAUGUAACUCUCAAUUGCUACAAUUGCACAGCCAUUUUCUAUGCACCCAUACUUUGUGUUUUCUAUUGGAUCAUGUUAAGCAGAAUGCAUCACCAAGAAAAGAUGUUAAAUUUGAUGAAAAUACUUUCUGGUGAAGGUUUUUUAUCCAGUUGAAUGACAUCUGACCUGUACAUUGUGAUGUAAAGAAGACCAAUAGUUAAUUUCUAUGUAUUUAUAUUAUUCUGUCUGCAGUUUGAGUCAGGGAUCAUAUUUAUUUACAGAAGCAAGAUGUUGUAGAAAUAUAGAACCAUUUUUAUAAUGUUGUGCUAGAAGAACUGAACCAGCGAGGAUUUCCACAAAAAAAGAGACAGAAAACAGUUUGUGUUUGAAUGUGGCGUGUACAUUGUAACUAUAUUAAAGUAUUAAACAUUAAAAUGUUAAUGGCAGGUGAGUGAAGGGGCAGAUGAUUAUUUCUAGUGCACAUGGUUGAAACUUAACGUAGUGUCAUUUUUGAUAUGUUUAAUUCCCACUUUAAACUUUAAGCAUUUGUCAAGAGGUCGCCAAACUGUACAUGGUUUAAAAGAUUUAAGAAAAAAAAAGAACUGGUUGUGUCUAAUUUCUUUUUGUGAAUCCAUAAAAAAAUAAAUUCUGUCAGCAAA